CUUUACAGGUUAGCUAGACUCGUAUCCCUGAGCAUGUGUUCCAAUGUAAUCACUGAAUCGAACAGAUUAAGGUAUGUAAACAUGUGCCCUUUAUAGUGCCACUGUGUGGUCGAUGUGCUUAAAUAUGUUGAGUCUUCACAGUGUUUGGAACAUGUGUACCAAGUUGUUACAAUAUGAAUAUCCGUGACUGAUUUAUAUGCAAUUAUGUGCCAGACCACACCCAUGUGAAUGCUUACUGGUCAAUAGCGGCCAUGUUGUCUUAGGUACUAGUCUGGAAAAUGUUGUGUUGGGAGAACUUUGUACAUAGAUGCCACAUAUGAAGUUACAUACAGAUUGGUCAUUCGGUGCCAGAGGAGAAGCUUUUAAAGUAUUUUUCACAAAAUAAAAAUGGCGGAAAAUCCAUCAUGGCAGACCUUAUGGGUCCUUGAGGCAAAUUUGUUCAUUGUGAGGAGCGGGACCUACGUACCGAAUUUCAUGACUAGGUCAAACGGGGUAAGGGUCAAAGUGGGACUGCUGUACGGGGACAUCACCAGCAAAAUCCUUGUAAAUGGGCAUCUGUCAAAAGCAGUGGGAGUACACUGCGGCGUCCGUCAGGGCUGUCCGUUAUCUCCUCUUCUGUUCGUAGCCUGUAUUGAACCACUGGCACAGGUCUUGAGAAGGGACCAAGGGAUCAGUGGGGUGGGUAUCCCGGGGAGUGGGGGGAUGACCGCCAAGUGCGUCUUUUAUAUGGACGACGUCAACAUUUUAUGUACCGACCUUUUAUCUGUCGACAGGACUCUGGACAGGACUGACUGGUACGGACGAGCCUCUGGGGCGAGACUGAACAGAGACAAGACAGAGGCCCAAUUCUUCGGACCGUGGGCAGACCCAGACUUGACCAGACUACCUCUGACAGUUAAACUGACGGACAUAAGGGUACUGGGGGUAAAGUUUGACCGGGGGGGAGGAGGGAGUGGUAACUGGAGUGGAAUCCUGGGGACUGUAAGACAGAGACUGGGUUUUUGGGGACUACGACAGCUGACUUUUGAGGGCAAGGUUUUAAUCAUUAAAGCUGUGAUUUUACCUGUGCUUUUAUUAAUCAGUUCUGUUUUUAUCCCCCCUCGAAGGAGUAUUUUAGACCUGGAGCGAAUGCUUUUCUACUUCCUGUGGGGAGGCAAGUGGGAGAGGCUGAGGAGGGAGGUGGUCAAGAGGCCCAGGUCCAAGGGGGGGAAAGGCUUGCCUGACCUCUACUUGUUCCUGGGCAGCCGCUACACAGCGUUACAUCUGACUCUUGCCACCUCCCCGGUCAACAACAAGACUCAGGCCCUCGCACGGUUCUGGCUGGGAUCAUACCUCAGGACUCUGAGGCUGAUCCCAGUCGACCUGCGAGCCCCAGUCUCUUUCCUGCUACCCCCGCCCUACGUCCAGCUCCAGAAGUUAAGACAUUUUAAACUGGAAAAAGAAACAGUCACGGUCUUAACAAAACACCGCUCUCUUCUCUCUCUUGUGCAGGAGCGGGAACCAGUAUGUCCAGUGCGCGGGCUCGCUAUAGGUGAGCCCACAACGGUUUGGCGCAACGUGGCCCAUCCUGCUCUCCUGAAUCGGCAUCGGGACCUGUCCUGGAUGGUCGCCCACGAGAUCCUCCCGGUCAGGGCCGUUAUGCACUCACGGGGCAUGGCGAGGACAUCCGCGUGCCCCCGAACAGGCUGCGGCCAAGAAGAAUCGGUGAGGCACAUGCUCUGGGAGUGCAGAGCCGCCAGGGACCUGUGGAAGGAAGCAGGCCCCCUGAUUACCUCGUGUCUGCCAGCAGGGGAGGACCUAACACCUCAGCUCGUGCUGUAUGGGGUGGGCCGAAGGCCCAUUUCAUCGAAGACCUUCACCAAGCUCUGGCCCACCCUCACGUGCCUGAAGGAAGCACUGUGGUCCUCCCGCAACCUGCUGGUAGCGAAGAACGUAGAGACCACCCCCCAGGCAGUGGCCAUGGUAGCCACGGAAGCCCUGGGGUGGUACGAAAGGAAGGGGGCCUCGACCCCAGGCGAAGGGUCCCCCACAACACCCUAGGUCCCGGCGGCCACGGCCUGACAGCGCUGCGGCGCCUAGGGCGAUGCGCCUAGGGGAGGGAUCUCCUCUGUGCCCCGAAGGAUGGGACGAUGGUCUAUUCAGAAGAGCAGGAUGAGGUGAGCUUGAUAAAGACUCACCCCGCUCCUGUACAAGGGACUGAAGACAGCUUUUUAACAAAGUGGCUUUUUAACAUGUUUUUCAUGUCUUAAAAAUGUUUUAGCUUUGUUAGAUCAUUAGUACACAUUUUAAAUGGCUUCUACAGAUUUGAUAUUUUUACAAGGAAAGUACUUUUACUCAUGGUUGUUUUAACUAAUUGGUUUUAACAACAUGUACUUUUUAACAAAUUUAAAUGUAACUUUCAAAUGCUGUGUUUUAUGCCUUGUUGCCGUUUUUAUGUGUGUAAAUGAUGUAAAAAAUGUAUGAGCUGUUUUUAAAGGAAUUGUGCCAAUAAAACUUUUCCAAAAGAAAAAA